UCUGAGACGUUUCUUCACUCCGUUUGGUAAAACAGCCCCGCCUAAAGUCAGGCGUCACACCGGAAACUGGCGGCCGGACUUCCGGUGGAGGAAAACAAAGGAGCUAGCUACGUUAGCCUCGUUAGCUGUGCCGUGUCCGGGUUCUGUUGCGGUUCUGCGCAGCAACAAUGUGUUCCGUUGAGCCUCUGAGGGAGUUUAUCAGAGAGAGACUAACUGCUGCUGCUGAAGAAAUCUUCACCCAGCUGGAAAAAACCAUCGUCCGGUACGAGGAGGAGAUCGACCGGCAGCGGAGGCUGCUGGACCUCAGCUGGACCCGAACCGAGCAGAACCCCGCAGGCGUCCCGCAGCAUUACAACUGCAAGGAGGAGGAGGUUGAGAUGGUCCAGCAGCCCUGCAGCCCGGCGGUGGAGGUCCAUUUGGAUCAGGAGGAACUAGAAUCUGUGCAGGUUAAAGAGGAACACAAUGAGCAUUGUGUCAGUCAGAACCACUUAGCAGAACUGGUUCUGGCUGAACCAGUUCUGAAAGAAGAGACGGAUACCUUCAAGGUGAGUCCUGUACCUGAGCAGGACCGGCCCAGAGAGCCAGAAUCAAACAGAAACCUCAAACCUUUUAUGGGUCCUGUUUCUGAUGACGACGACCUGAGAGAACCAGAACCAAACACGGACCAGAACUCUGCUGAUUCCGAGGACCAGAAUCAGAAGAAAAGCAAUGAAGACAAUUCUGAUUCCAGCACAGAAGAGUCUGAGCAAGAUGAGGGAAGUCGCAAAACAAAACUAAAAAGGCCCCGAAAAAGUGACACCAAUUAUAAUCUGUCAUCUUGCAAAAUUUGUGCAAAAAGUUUCACUCAGAAGUAUCUGAUUGCACACAUGAGAACCCACACAGGUGAGAAGCCUUUUAAAUGUCCCACCUGCGGCAAAAAAUUCAUUCUUAAAAGUCAUUUAAAAAACCACAUGAAGAUUCAUAGUGGUGAGAAGCCUUUCUCUUGUCAGACCUGUGGGAAAAGUUUCAUUCAGAGGAUGAAUUUAACUCUUCACAUGAGAACGCACACCGGCGAGAAGCCCUUCUCAUGUGAAAUUUGUAACAAGACCUUUGCUAGCAGAAGUCAGUUAACUACUCAUGUGAGAACUCACACAGGAGAGAAGCCUUAUGCUUGUAAGACCUGUGGGAAAAGUUUUAGUACCAGAGGUACUUUGAUUAGUCAUAUGAGAAGUCACACAGGGGAGAAGCCUUUCUCAUGUCAGAUCUGUGGACAGAGUUUCUCUCAGAAACCAGGUCUCAAAGUUCACUCACGAAAACACACAGGAGAGAAACCGUUCAUGUGUCAAACCUGUGGAAAGAGUUUCAAUCAGAAAAGUGCCUUGCUCACACAUAUAAGAACUCACACUGGUGAAAAGCCCUUUUCUUGUUUGACUUGUGGACUACGUUUCAUCAUGAAAAGCAGUUUGACUCAGCAUAUAAGAACACACACAGGAGAGAAGCCUUACUCUUGUCAGAUCUGUGGGAAACGUUGCAGUUUAAAGGGUAAUCUGAAGUUCCACAUGAGGAUUCACACAGGGGAGAAACCAUAUUCAUGUCUUACAUGUGGAAAACGUUUUGCAGUAAAAUGUCAAUUAACUCGUCAUAUGAGAACUCACACAGGUGAGAAACCCUUUUCCUGUCAGACCUGUGGAAAGGGUUUUACCAAGAACCUUUAUUUAAUUGCCCACAUGAAAACUCACACAGGUGAGGCGCUUUAACCGAUAGGUCAGAGGGCCCAACAUGUGGUGCCUGUGCAUGGCAGUCUCCCUUCUGUCAGACUGCUUAUGGCUACGAUGUAGCUCACAAUCUUUAGUGUGUUCAUACAGUAAUUUAUUGUAUGAAUGCCUUCGCAUUCAUACAAUAAUCACAAUAAUCGCUGUGAUUGAGACGGCUCGCAAGAAUAUGAAUUCCACUUGAUUCGUAGGAGACGUGGAGCUAAAACUACAAUUUAGGUUUUCCUGGUUCCCUGCAGCAGGUCACUGCAAAAUCAGCAACAGGAAUUAGUACUGCUGAAAACUGGACAGAGUAAUGUCCCAACAUUUGACUUCUCCCAAUGUCUCAGGCUACGUUCACACAGUCAGUCCUGAUGUGUAAUUCAGAUUCCAAAUUUAAAUUCUUUUAUUUUUUGAUGAAAUCUACUUUUUUCUGUAUGGGUUAGGGUUUGUGCCACAGACAUAAUGAAGAGUAGACGCGUCAUGCACGGCUCUAGCCUAUUGUCGCUGACAGGGCGGCCAUCUUUGAAACAGUUUCAAAAUAAAAGCCUGUUGGACUCAGGUUCUUUUUAAUUAGUUUUGGUACACUUCUGCUUCUGAACCAAUUUUAAUUGAUAAAUUGAAAAAAUCUGCCUGUUGCAUCCUGAAGUUUGAUCAAAUUCUUUAUGAAAUAAAGUGUUUGUCUUA